GGAAGCCCAGGGCAAAAGAUCUUACCAUCUGUCACUGAAAGAGAAGCAGAAGAGUGUCAGCUCAGAGGGAAAGUGCCUACAGUCCAACAAUAGACUUGGAAAGCAGCACUAAGGUUUCUAUGAAAGAGUUCUAUUCUAAAAUUAGCAUUUCCCCAUAAAAACUGUACAUACAUUUAUAGCCAAGAUAAUUGACUCAUCUGGAAAUUUGCUGAUAAUCGGGUUCAUAUUUUUUGCUCCCUUAUCUCAAAAUGAUUCAAACACCCCACAAAGAUAUAAUGAGAGAUAUUUCAGUGAUCCAUGGAAACACAGCUCCGUUGAUAUAUUAUUUAUACCUCUUGCUUUUGCCAGCACUGAGCUCCGUGCAGUGAUUUGGCUGUGGCUGAAGAGUGCUGGGAUUGCUGCUGUCUCUCUGCCUCCCAUUCUGCUUAUUAUUACAGGCUUUAUUGUAUUUGCCAUGAGAAGGCUCAGGAGGGAAGAUAAAGUGGGAGUAUUCAGCGCGUCAGACUAGUCCAAUGAGAUGGGAUUUUCUCCAGCAGCCGGUGUGGCAUGUGUAUUUGUAAUAUAAAUGUGCUGCUGGAGAAUCAGAAGGAUUCAGAGAGGGAAACAGAGUCUCUUUAUGGCUCUCAAGCAAUAUAUGUGUGAUAAAGUUGCAAAGUGUCAGCCUUUCAGCCAAGAUGAUUAAUGCUGUGGCAUGCAAUGCCUUCUUCCUUUCUCUUUGGGAAUAGACCAACAUUGUUCCUCUGUAGCGAUGGUCUCUCAACUCAUGUGGCUCUUCUUGCUUUGCCUGAGCAGUGGACUGAAAAGAUCAGAAAGUUUGCAUUCCAACGUCAGCCUGAAGGGCUCCUUCCAAAUUCCCAACAUCACUGGUUUAUUCUCCUGGAAUAACUACAACCUGACAGACUGGCAGAGCUUUGUGGGGAAGAAGAGAUAUGGGGCAGAGUCUCAGAAUCCCAUGGUGAAAGCCCUGCUGAUUGUGGCGUACUCCUUUAUCAUAGUCUUCUCGCUUUUUGGGAAUGUCCUGGUCUGUCACGUGGUCAUCAAAAACAAACGAAUGCAUUCUGCAACCAGCUUGUUCAUAGUCAACCUGGCGGUGGCCGACAUACUCAUCACUCUGCUCAACACCCCAUUCACAUUGGCCCGUUUUGUGAACAGCACCUGGAUGUUUGGUAAAGGCAUGUGCCACGUCAGCCGAUUUGCCCAGUACUGCUCCCUCCACGUCUCAGCCUUAACCCUGACAGCCAUCGCAGUGGACAGACACCAGGUUAUUAUGCACCCACUAAAGCCACGUAUAUCCACGGUUAAAGGCGUGGCCUACAUUGCCAUCAUUUGGAUCAUGGCGACCUGUUUCUCCUUACCCCAUGCAAUCUACCAGAAGCUCUUCACUUUUAAAUACAGUGAGGAAAACAUCAGAAGCUUGUGUCUCCCCGAUUUCCCGGAACCUUCUGACCUAUUCUGGAAAUAUCUCGAUUUGGCGACAUUCAUCCUCCUGUAUGUCUUGCCUCUGCUGAUAAUCUCAGUGGCGUAUACCACGGUGGCCAAAAAGUUGUGGCUUCGAAAUGCUAUAGGGGAUGUGACUACAGAGCAAUAUUUUGCUCUCCGUCGGAAGAAGAAGAAGACCAUUAAGAUGCUGAUGUUGGUAGUGGUCCUUUUUGCGGUCUGCUGGUUUCCUUUGAAUUGUUACGUCGUCCUUCUCUCCAGUCAAACCAUCCGCACUAACAAUGCCCUUUACUUUGCAUUUCACUGGUUUGCAAUGAGCAGCACUUGUUAUAAUCCAUUUAUAUACUGUUGGCUUAAUGACAAUUUCAGGUCAGAACUGAAAGCCUUGCUCAACAUGUGCAAGAAGCAGACUGGGCCAAGCGAACACAUGCUGCCUUCAAGCGUCCCUUCUUAUCGAGUUGCCUGGCCUGAAAACCGGAGCUUUAAAAGGUCUCUUGUCUCUCACACCCUUCCAUCGUCUUCAAAUAUACAAUCCGGGAAGACAGAUAUCUCUGCGGUAGAGCCCAUUGUAUCUGUUGGCUGAUGCUGAAGGUGUGACCUGUAUAUUUCACAAGACUGUGUUGAGUUACAUGCGUUCUCAUAGGCAGGAGACCUCACAAAAAUGUCAAACAAAUUGACAAUGGUCAAGAACUGAACAAUGGUUUUCAGUAAAACAUAGGGGCUGCAUAAAUACGGGCACUUGGGGUUUGCCUGAAAGGAAUUGGUACAUUGAACUUAAUUUUCCACAUGAGCAACAAGACCCAGAAAUGAAACACAGGCUGAUACCAAUUGAAGUAUUAUACUACUGACUUACCUUUACUGUAUGUUAUUUAAACUGUAUUUGUUCUUCAUUUCAGGCAUAAAGUAUUUCCAGGGUUGGAUGUUUGCUCAUACUUGAGAACUGUGCUGCCACAGAAAUGUCCCGGCAGGGUUCGUAUUUUCCAAUUUCAAUAAAGCAGCCAAUAAGCCUUUAUCUUUGCUCAGUCUAGUUUUCUGGGAUCCCCAACAUUUGUUAAUUGUGAGCCACAUUCAAAUGUAAAAGAAAUUGGAGAGCAACAUAAGCAUGAAAAAGUUCCUGGGGGUGCCAUAUUAGGGCAGUGAUUGGCUAUUUUUGGUGGACCCUAAGUGGACUUGCAGCCUACAGGAGGUUCUGUGGCAGUACACCAGGUUUUUAUACAACCAAAACUUGA